CCUGCCUUCGUUGCGCUGGACCGCAAGGUGCUGCGUUUCCACGUCUGGUUCCGCGAUCCUCGAGCAGCGGUGGGCUUCAAGAUCAGGCAGGCGACUCUGUUCCACUACCUGGAGGACGGGAGCACCAGGGUGUCUGAGAAGCGGGUGGAGAACAGCGGCAUCGUCACUGGUGAGGUAGCCUGUAGGCAUCGAGCUCCGAAGCCAGGGAGCAACGGAGAGUUCUACACGGUCGAGGACUUUGACGUUGGGGUGGAAGUCGUGAUCUUUGGGAGGACGUACAACAUCAUCGACAUGGACGAUUUCACGCGCGAGUUCUACGAGCUCAAUGGGAUCUCGCGGGCAGAACCGCUCCCCAUGCCCAGCGAUUAUGUCGAGCCCUCGACCACCGCAGGGACCAUCCACUCUUACCCGGAUGUGGUGUUUCAGAGCCAGGGAGUUUCUGAUCGCUUCCUCAACCUCGACAGGAAGGUCCUCAGAUUCUACUGCUCCUGGAACGAUGACAGGGCAUACGGGGAGGAAACCUACUACGUACUGCACUACUUCCUCGUGGACGACACGGCAGAGGUCCUCGAAGUCCAUCACAGGAACGACGGGCGAGACCCCUGGACGUCCCUCCUGAAGAGGCGGCCGCUCCUCAAGGGCCUCCCACGGCAGGUCAUCGAGACGGAGGAGGACAGGAAGAAGAACCCGCAGCCCCGCUGGCACUGGACGGAGCUGACGGUCGGCAAGGUUAUCCAGCUGUACAAUCGAGACUUCUUGAUCCGCGACUGCGACCAGUUCACCAGGGACUGGAUGGACAAGCACGGGCUGCCGCAGACCGAGGCCGUCCUCCCUGAGCCGCCUGCACUCUUGGAGUUCAAGAGGAAAGUGCCCAACUAUCUUGGAUUCGGUUCGCACGAGGACUCUUUCCAAACUGUCCUCAACCCCAUCAUGCCCAAGGUGAACAAGAAAGAUUUCAUCAAGGCGAUGGCGAACAGCGGCAAGAUCAUGAGGUUCAAGGCCAAGAUCGUCUCCACCAUCCCUGAGGACGAUGGGAGACUUUUCAUCAUCUCCUUCUUCCUCGCCGACGACGAGAUGUCUGUGUAUGAGCUCCCGACCCGCAACACCUUCUCCGGGCUGAGGGCGGACGGAAGCAAGUUCCUCGAGAAGAAGAAGGUACUGCACCCCGAGGGCAAGCAGUCUUCCCUUCCGCGUUACUACGGUCUCAACGAUCUUCAGAACUGGCAGGUGGGCAGUAGAGUGAUCAUCAACAGCUUUCAGUUCGAGAUCAUUGGAACUGACGACUACACGUCCAACCUGCUC